AAUUUGCUGCAAAAUGCGAACCUUAUUUCACUUUCAAAAUUCUUUGAAUCCUCUAAACCUGCGCGCUGCCCUUGCCCACUAAUUUCACUGAUUCUGGCUACAACAUUUCGGCUGCAGAGGUUGUCGGCCAGUUGCACGAGUGCUCUGUCAAAUGCUUUCCUCUUCCACUUCUCGUCUUUGACAGGUCUACGGGAGGGGAAGAGGGAAAGAAAGAGUGAUCUAACCUAAUCCCCUUUGGUUUAUACUCGACACUCGUUGUUCACGUAAACAGCUCAUAUGUAUCUUAUUAUUCUGAUCAAUCGUUCUCAUUGCAUCUACUGAAAUCAGAAGUGAACAAAUUGAAGAGCGGAAGUGAUCAAUUAAUUGCUGCCAAUUGCAUCAACGUCCAGAAGCUGAUCCGAGUUGUUCUCUGAAAUGGGACGAGAACAUGGGAAGUGGAGAGGUAAGAGCAGGAGGCUAGUAGAGUUUGUGGGCUCAUGGGUCAACAAAGUGUACCACAGUCCCCAACUACUUCUAGCAAGUCUCUUUGACUCACUCGGACGAACAAUAGCCAGAAGUCCCUGGCUCUUCAUUCUAAUUCCCACCCUUGUCAGUCUAUGUUUAACACUCGGUUCUCUCUGGAUCGAACUGGAAACUUUGGACGACGUCUGGGACCUCUACUUUCCACGGAAUAAACCCAUUGCGUCAUCAGCUGAAAAGUUACGCAACACUUUUAUCCCGAGUCCCAGUCUAAACCGCACCUUUUGUCCAUUCCAGACUUUUGGAUCCAGUGUCUCUCUGCCAGUUUUGGCAGUGAUGCCUUGUUUUGGAACAGAACGAGUUAAACAUUUCAAUUCAACGGAAAAUUCUUCAGCAAUUGUGUGGGAAAAAGAAGAUAUCAAUUAUGGAUUCGAAGCUCUGAAGUCUUUGUGCAAUUUUGUUGAGAAUUUCACCCUGCAGAUAUCUCCUUCUGGGCACAUGAGAUGUUUUGAAGAUGUGUGCGCCUAUAGUGUUGGCGAUAGUUGUCUGCAACCUAUAGUGUGUACCGCUUUGAAAAAUUCACAGGACAAAAAUUCAAUCACAAUUGAACCCCCUUUCCAGCCUGUGGUGUUGCCUAGAGGUGCUAAGGUCGAUCCCCUUACUCAUCAAGUGUUGGAAACUCCCGCCUUAAGACUUGUUUGGCACUUCAAAACCAGACACUCUUCUCAAGUCACCUACAGUGGCAGCGACUCAGACCCCUCAGCCAUCUUUAUUCGGACCCUGUUUGACGAACUGUACCGAGUCAGAAAUGAACUUGGCAAGGGAGAUCACGUGACCUUUGUGCCCUACUCGCAUAUUGUGCAGAGCGACGAAGUUCACUCUAUUGUGAAGAAUGACUCCAAGCUGAUGGCCAUCACAGUAGUCUUGAUGACUGUCUUCUCGGUGCUAGUGUCUGUGAACAAGCGACAGGGUAUUUUGAGAAGCAGGGCCCUCAUGGCCGUGGCAGGAGUACUCACCACUUGCAUGGCCAUAGGGUCCGCUGUGGGACUUCUGGCCCUACUCGGGGUCAAGUUCAUACAAUGUGCAUUUCUAGCUCCCUUCAUCAUGCUAGGAAUCGGGAUCGACUCGACUUUCGUGAUCACUUUCACUUGGGCAAAAGAAUUCUCGAAAUGGACCAAAUUACUGCCAAUUGAACACAACAGACCAAAAGGCGUGAACCAAGUAGUGUUGAGCAGCAGCAGUAUAUGUGAGCGUGAACAAGUGAUUGGGAACACGAUGAAGAGUUCGUUCAUAGCCGUCUUCAUCUCUGACACGACUGCCCUACUCGCAUUCCUCGUUGGCUCAUUCACUCCCUACCAGGCUGUCAACAUCACGUGCUACUAUUUAGCUGCCAUCACUUUUUUCCUGCUGCUUCUGCAGAGUACAUUUCUCAUCGGCUGUCUGUCUUUCUAUCACGAAUUGGCAUCAUCGGCCAAUCAACCAGCUACGUCAUCAUUACCAAAGGUCAACGGAGUUCACGAACAAAAUGGACACCAGAUGACAUCAAAAGCCGAUUCUGGUUUCUCGAAAAAUCAACGCAAUCCAUCACGUGCGAACGGGUUUGUAUCCAGUGUGCCUAAACAUGCCAUCAACUUCACGAAUCAGGGCAUAGAAAUGCAAGAAAGCAACGAUUCAGUUGUGUUCAACACUCUUGAGCGAUUCAUCAGCGACAAUCUGCACAAAGUGGUGCUUAAUAAUUAUGUCAGGGUGUCGGCUAUUUUCCUGGUCGGCGCUGCGAUCACUAUUUCUGUGGGAAGAGUCUACAAUAUGAAGCAGUACAUUAAUGAGAUGGGCUUCCAACCUGAUAACUCUCGCGUCAUGGAGUUCUACGCAACUUCUCGCGUGUUUUACCCGGCAGAUCCCAUGAUGAUGCAUUUUGUGAUUGACGAGCCACUUUUUUACAACGGCACACACACUCGCCUUCUAUUGGACAAUUUCUACUCGCGACUCACGCAGAAUCGGAUGGCUCUGAAAUCGAAUUCUAGUCUAAUGCAGAAACCAUGGUUCCAGAAAAUUCCGAACCAAAACUAUAAUGACAUGCGAGAUUAUGUCAAUGAGUGUCAUCAAAAUGACGUGCUAAUAUCUGAAGAUGAAAUGGGCAUUGAGAAAAGUCGAUUCGUGAUUCCCUUUCAGAAAAUCGAGAGUUCAAGCUUCGACCAAGGUUUUUCGCUUGUGGAAGAGCUGCAAAAAAUAAUUGAUUCAGUUCCUUUUAAGGUCUAUUUUGCUUCUUCUGAGAUGAUGUUGAUCGAGAGAAACAGUCUGAUGAAAGAGAGCAUCUGGCACAGUGUCCUAGUGGCCAUACUUUGCUGCAGUGCCAUAGCAUGGCUCCUCCUCCCCACACCCACUCUCUUCCUCACUGUCAUUGCCACUCUCACACUCGCUAUGGCCACUACUAUGGGCUUCAUGGCCCUCCUCGGAAUGCACUACAACAUCGCCACCUACAUCAUCGUCCUCCUGCUCAUCGGUCUAUGCAUCGACUACAUCUCGCACAGUGGACAUGCUUAUCUAUGCGCCUCACAACAGCUGUCCAGGCUUGAUCAGGAAGAUAUAUCACACCUUCUUGGCUCAAAAUCAAACAGGGAACUUUCUGAUGACGUAAUCCGAGAACAGACCUCGCGACUCGCAUUACGUAAUAUCGGAGUGCCUCUUACGAAUGCAGCAUUGUCGAGCUUACUGUCAGUUUCGAUGCUGGGCUUCGGAAGUUCUUACGUAAUGCGAGAUAUGUUCAAAUCUAUGAUGUUAUUAUUCUCAUUGAGUUUUUUCUACGGAAUAGUGUUUUUGCCAAUUGUUCUCAGCUUUUUCGGCCCGGUUGCUUCUCAAUCUCAAGAGACGGAGAAGUCAUCAUCAGACAAAUGUCAAUCAGAGUUGUCGACUGCCAAAAAGGAUCUCAGGACACUUAGUUCAAAAAACAACUGCGAAAUAACUUGUGGCUGUCAGCCUCCAGAAACUAACCAAACUCUAGAAGAAAUAUGCCUUAACGAGUCACAAACAUAG